GCGGAGGUAAUCAGCUUGACCCCCACGACCUUCCCUAGCUCGCUCGGGGUCCCGUGGCCCCAAGCCCGUUUGCCUGUGGCUGCUACGUGCUGCUUGCCCGAGUGCGAAGGCCUUUUAUAACAACUGUGCCUGAGUCAGCUGCUGGAGGUAAUAUAAUAGCUUAGUCAAUAGUUGUACCUUGCACAAUAUACGAUGUGGCAGUUCCCUUCUAACUUGGGGAGCCACCCAGUCUUUUUAGGAUUUCCAGGAAGAGCUGUGGCAUCUGACCUUCAACUGUUAGUAAAAGAAAUCCGGGAUUGUAUAACAGUCUGCCAGAGCCUUGCGUCUCUGAGUGGAGUUAGGUUUCAUCAAAUGCCUCCACAUUUCUGAGCUUCACAGGUUCUUUAUUCCUUCACUUGUUUAUCCGCUGUCUGUAACUUCUAGAAAUAUCAUGAAGUGUUCUGUAAAGCAUUUGGCAAACACCAUGCAAAGCGUCGAGACAUUUGCUCAACACAGGAACGAAGGCUGAAGAACAACUUGACAUGCAAUGCAAUCUCUUACAGCAGAGGUUGUGGGGGUGCCACCUACCAAAAUGGAGGGCUCUUCUUAGAAGCUCUGCCCAAAGCUGUUUUUUUCCUCUCUAACUGUAUUUAUUGCCUCACGGGCAAAGAAACAUAGUUUACAUGAGGCUUAGAUGUCCCUAAUUCUCCCAGUUCCGCGGGAGGAGCCGUUUCGGAGCCCAGAUUCUCCUCCCACCGCCAUCCGCCGCACGGAGACACAGCGGGACCCGACUGAAAGCGGGAGGGGUGGUCCCACCGCCCGGGCGCCGUGGCCGCCUGCGCCGCUGCCCGGCCAGGGCGGCAGAGGCCGCGAAGUGACGAGGCGUGUCGGCAGCUGUGCGAGCAGGGCAGGCGGGGGUGAGAGGCAGUGAGUGGGGGAGGAUGGCAGGGCCCUCUCCGUCCUCCCGGGAGCAGCCGCAGGUGCCAGGCUGUUCUCUGCCCUUUUCUGGCGCCGACAGCAGCCUCUCGGCUUUUCAGUCAAAAAAAAAAAAAAAAAGUUUCUAGAGCCUGUCUUGCGUUAAAAAAACCCCAAAUCCCUGAAAAUAUAAGCUCUAAACCGACUAAUCACUGGAAGCACACACCCCACCCCGCCCCCCGUUACUCUCACCAAGCCGGAAAAAAACCCAGAAAAAAAGAAAAAAACUGUUAGUUUUAAGUCACUGCUGUUUUCUUUAAAUACGGGUCCUCCGGUGCUAGCGCUCCUAAGUUUGUUUCCCGGGGGCUCUGCGUCUUCAGUUAGAUUAAUUAGAGAGGGCAGGAGGAGAAGGGACUUGCGUACGUGCGACGCGUUUAGUGGCAACCUGCUCCGCAGCCUCCUUCCCCAAACGGAGCGGGGGAGGAGGUGGCGGUGCGGGAACAUCCCUUCCUUCUGCCGCCCGCCCGUUCUCCCCUCGCCGGGGGUUACAAAAGGGUUAAGAAAGUUGGCUGGAGAGAUGAAUGGCGCGGCGUGGGGAGGGGCCGGGCUGCGCCGCGGCUGGCGAGGUGGAAGGAGGGGAGGAUCGCGGCUGCGGGUUAGGCUUUGAAAGUCAGCCUCACAGGCAUUGCAGCAGAGCCCCGAGCGCGGAGAGAAGCCAAGUGCAGCUCGUCGUAUCAAGCAUGGAAGUGUUGAGGAGGGAAAUUGUUGUAUCCUUGAACUUCUGAGGAAGAGCUUUCCUGAUGGGACCAUUUACAAGGGUCAAGUGAAAAGCAGAUUCACAGAGAUCCAGCACUGACACUUAAAAGGAAUUUUAUGUGCUUGGUGGAGAUGGAAAAGGAUGCAAAACAAGCUGGCUUCCUGGAGAAAGAAGGCAGAAAAUACUUGAUGGAACUUGGUUACUGUGGAACCACGUUUUGAGUGCUCCUCCAAGACGUCUUUCAUACGUAUUCUAGAUAUCAGCAGAUUGAUAUGAUUGGAAACCUGUCUCAUCAAACAGUAAACACUGGAAGAAGCCAACUUUGGAUUAUGACUUUUUGUAUUGUUUCUGAAAGUCUGUGAGAAUACACUCUAGACAUCUGCCUACCUGUUUCUUAACUCUGCAUCUCGAUUCAGCUACAGCAAAACUAGUCUUUGAAGUGAAUAGAACCAGAGCCCCUUUGGAAACUCUUAUUGAACAUGACUCAUGGAGAAGAGCUUGGCUCUGAGAUGCACCAGGAUUCUGUUGUUCUAACUUACCUAGAGGGAUUACUGAUGCAUCAAGCAGCAGGAGGCUCAGGUACUGCAGUUGACAAAAAGUCUACUGGGCAUAGUGGAGAGGAUCAAAACUUUAAGAUUUCUGGAAAUAUAUUUCCUAACUGUCAAAGUAAUGGUCCAGUUCUUAACACAAAUACAUAUCGGGGAUCUGGCAUGCUGCACCUCAAAAAAGCAAGACUCUUGCAGUCUUCUGAAGACUGGAAUGCAGCGAAGAGAAGGCGGUUGUCUGAUUCCAUUGUGGAUUUAGAUGGAAAAAAGGAAGCUUUGUUAGCUGGCAUGGUUGAAAAUGUGCCUAAAGGCAAACAGGAUAGCACAUUACUUGCCUCUUUGCUUCAGUCCUUUAGCUCUAGGCUGCAGAGUGUUGCUCUGUCACAGCAGAUUAGGCAAAGCCUUAAAGAGCAAGGGUAUUCCCUUAGCCAUGACUCUUUAGAAGUGGAGAAAGAUUUAAGGUGCUAUGGUGUUGCAUCCAGUCACCUGAAAACUCUGCUGAAGAAGAGCAAAGCAAAAGAUGAGAAACUGGACAACAGCCUGCCCGAUAUAACAAAGAAUCUGCCAAAAGAGAGGUUUAUAGAAUCUCCCCAUGUGGUGCAGAGUGGACCUAAAGUGAUAAAUGAGCCAUUGUCAUGUGCUGCAAGAUUACAAGCUGUUGCAAGCAUGGUAGAGAAACGAUCUAGUCCUGCUGCUUCACCGAAGCCCAGCGUAGCAUGCAGUCAGCUGGCUUUACUUCUUUCAAGUGAAGCUCACUUGCAGCAGUACUCCAGGGAACAUGCUUUAAAAGCACAAAAUGCAAGUCAGAUCGCAAGUGAGAGACUUGCAGCUAUGGCCAGAUUACAGGAGAGCACUCAGAAAGAUAUUGGCCAAUUUGGUUUAGCAAAAGGAAUGACAAGCCAUCUCAAUGGUCAAACAGCAUCAGCAACCAAAACAGUACCUAGCAAAGGCAAUAUGGCACCGUUUCAGAGUUCAGUGGGAAUCAUGCAUUCACCUCCCAAAACUAUGGGAUACAAAAAUACUUUGGAAAGGAGCAACCUGAAAACCUCUCCCAGCAACAGCUUGCUCUUGCAUCUGCUGAAGAGCCAGAAUACCACCAAACAUGUAAAAGGGCAUGAACAGAGUGAGAGAGCCAGCAUUUUUGAAGACAGUAGCACACCAACGACUAUUGAUGAGUAUUCAGACAACAAUCCUAGUUUUACAGAGGAUGACAGCAGUGAUGAUGAAAGCUCCCAUUCUAACUGUCUUCCUAUAGACCUGUCCUUUAAACAGAGAGCAGAUAAACCAGACACCGGUUCAGCUGCUUCACUGGAUAAUCUGACUCAGUCCUUGCUUCAGAACUGGGAUCCAAAAGUUUCCUGUCCAGAGAACAAGGAAGACAAAAACACUCCAAAAGCUUCAAAGCUGAAUCCCCAUCAAAAAGUAACACUACUUCAGCUGUUACUUGGGCAUAAGAGUGAAGAAAAGGUAGACAAGAGUAGUGACUCUCAGGGACCACACAGUGCAUCUGAUGUGGCAAAAUUCACUGUACAGACUGGUAAAAGGACUCCUGUUACUGAUAGUCCCAGUGCAAAUCGAAUGACUCCGUUAAGCACUCCACCUUUGCUGGCUUCUGCAAAAGCAGACUCUCCUAUAAAUCUCUCACACCAGUCGUUGGCCAUCAAGCGCAGCUCGCCACCAUACGCCUGCCCCAUCCAGCCAGACAGACUGGUGAAUCCUGCAUCUAAACAUUUGAUAGACCUUUCUAAAAGCAAGGAGGUUCAAGGAGCGAAGCUGAGCAGGAACGAUAGUCCCCAGAACUCUUCGGUAUUCAGUGCCAGCAAGCUGUUGCAGAACCUUGCUCAGUGUGGCAUGCAGACUUCCAUGUCAAGCGAAGAACAAAGAGCUAGCAAACAGCUGCUAGCAGGGAACACAGAUAAACCAGUUGGUUUGAUUGAUAGAUUGAACAGCCCUCUGCUUACAAAUAAAUUGAAUGCACAUGAAGAAAAUAACAAAAUAUUCAGUAGUCAGCCUGCACCCACUGAACAAGGACUUCCAGGUUCGGAAAUAGAAAAUCUCCUUGAAAGGCGCACUGUCCUUCAGCUGCUUCUGGGAACUCCCAAUAAAGGUAAAAGCGAAAAGAAAGAGAGGAUGCUUUUAAGAGAUGAAAUUUCUCAAGAACAGACAGAUAAGGCUUUGAAUGAGCAAAUAUUGACGGUGAAAAUAAAAACUGAACCAUCAGAAGAAUCAAAUGUUCCUUAUAAUUCCAAUGCACAAGUAAGAGAGUGCAAGGGUAACAAAUUCCAAGGAUUUGCUCAUUCACUGAAGAGGAACACAGCUGCUUCUCCAGCGUGUGAGGAGUUGAAAUCUGAGCCUCUUUCACCUCAAGAUUUCUCUUUUUCCAAAAACGGCCUGCUAAGUAGAUUGCUGAGGCAGAAUCAAGAUGGCUAUCCUGCAGAUGAGCUGGACAGGAGUCACCGAAACAAUGAGCUGACACACCUCGAAUCAAAGAGUCUUUGCACAGUACCAAAGAAGAGGAAGCUUCAUCCUGAGCCUUUGGAAAGUCCAUUAAAAAAGAUGAAGAGUAAUGUGUCUGAUGCUGCAAACAAUCACUCUUCUCCUACUGAAGCACUGUAUGGGCCUUUGCUUAACAAGCAAGAACUGAAAUUCAGCAGAAGUGAUGCUGAAUUUAAAUAUGCUGUAAGUCACGGUCCAAAUAAUGAAAGUGAAAACAGGAGUUGGUCUAGAGAUGGUAAAGGCUUCAAUGUGUUGAAACAGCUGCUUCUCUCAGAAAACUGUGAGAGAGAUCUGUCACAACAUAGGAACAGCAUACUAACAGAGGGCAAGAAAAAAGGAAACAAAUCCAGUGCAGCAAUUAAUAAACCUGAAUUCAGCAUUUCUGCAGUAAAUGCAUUUAGGGGAAGCCCUGUACAACAGAACAAUUGUGUAGAUCAUAGAACAUUUCAGUAUCCUGUAGCAGUAAAAAGUCCUGCCAGUUCCCCCUUUCCUGAACAUUUGGGGAGUACAAUAUCUAGACUUGAGUCUGACCAGUUUGGCAUGUGUCCCAUGCCCAGUGAAAAAGGGCCCAUAAGAUGGGUGAUCACAGGUAUGGACAAGAAUGAUAAUGAAAAGGACUCUCCAAGACUGACCAAAACCAAUCCAAUAUUGUACUACAUGUUACAGAAAGGUGGUAACUCUGUUAGUAGCCAAGAAGCACAUGACAAAGAAAUCUGGAAUGAACCUCCAUUUACUGAUAUUUCAACUCAAGUUACAAUCAAAGAGGAGUUGACAUCUGAUGCAGAGCUUAAAACUCCAUUUAGUAACUUAAGAAGCCCUUACAACAGCCAUAUGGGGAGUAAGACCUCUCAUCAACAUGGUGUGAAUGGAGAAGUGCAUGGACUUCUGGAAAAAGUGCUAUCAAUCAAAAAAGAGCCAGAAUAAAUUACAGUCUCCUCAAUGAGUUUACAAUCAGUGGUUUUGAAUCUUUGUUUAAAACAAAACAGGAUUAAAAAAAGAAAAGGAACUUGACUACUGUAUAAAUUCAGCAUGAUUUUAGAAGAGCAUGGUCUAAUUGAAACAUGUUUUCAUUUGAUAAACUUCUUAUUUUUCUGGUGAUGUUAUUUAAAAUACAUGUAGAUAAAAUUUGCUUUAUGGUAGAUUGUCACAAGGAAACUAGAAAGGUUGUAAUUUGUACGAGACGUUUAUGUACCAAGAUUAACUUAUGAGUACUCUUUGAUCAGAGUCCUAUUUGGUUCUGCAAGUUUUUGGUAUAACAAAGUGUAAAAGUACAGCCUAGGUGAUGGUAAUGCUGCGUUUCCCACACCCCCACCCUGUAAAAUACUCCCUAUUUUUUUUUUUUUUUUUGGAAACCUGACCAUAGAGACAGUGUACUUUUUCUUUCCUCCCCCCCUCCCCUUUUUAAAUGUUUAAUAUGUUUUGUGACAUUUUAAGAAUAACUUCUAAAAAUUGGAGCAGUCCGUCCAAGGUCUUAGCUCAUCCUAUUGGAAAAAUGGUGUCAGUGUUAAUAAUUGAAAAUGCACUGAAAGGGAUUUUUUAGUGCUUCCAGAAUAUUUGUUCUUAUCUUAAUCUCCUUUGUGUUUCUGCCAGAAUGGUGGUGUAAAAUCUGGUUUCCUUCCUCGCCCUGCCCCUGACAAAUGCCUUCCUCAAAAUCUUUAGCCAUAGUUACCAGCUUUAAGUUUUUUUUUCUAGGUUUUUAUACCCAAAAGGCAGAUUGUCAUAGGCCACGCGAGUACUGCAUGAGUCUAUUUGUCAGCACAUUCCUAUCACUUCCCUGCUUAAGAGGAGAAAGCCCAAGUGCCUCUUAGUGCAGUUGAGAAAGCUUAGUAAAUAUAUAUUGGGGAGGAAAAUGGUGGAAAGUUUGUGAAGCAAAUGAAUGAAAUUGUCUGUUGGGCACCAUCCUGCCCUCCCUACAGAGAAAUUCCAGCCACGUUAAAGCAGCACAUCAGACUUCCACCUGAAGAUGCAAUAGGAUUUUAUUGAAAUAUGUGUUGGCCUCUUCCUACACCCAGGGAGAAGAAUCCAUAUUCUGCCAAUAUUUAUUACUCUCUCAACAGCUGAUGCAUGGUUUAAUGAACUACCCUUUCACUGCAGAAAAAUCUGGCUUUAGAAUAACUUUUCAGGUGGCACUAGGGAUAAAAUGGUGGGUUUUGUCAUGUUCUUUAAUGGAUAGUGUGACAUGUCCAAGAAAUCCUCCUCUGCCCUUUUCCUCAGUCCCCACCUGUGCUGUGAUUUGUAACAUCUGGCAAUAUCAGUCUGAGAUGGGAGUAACUGAAAAUUGCGGUCAAAGCUGUGACACUUUAAAAGAAUCGCUGGCUGGGGAAGAGCCAUGCAGCUCUGCUUUCCUAUUAACGCUGUCAGUGUUAACUCCAUUUGCAGCUCUCAUUUCUCAUGGGGGAGGAGGAGGACAAAAUCCUGUUGCCCUAAAUUAUAUACAUUAUUGGCAACCAAAAGUCUUGCUGAACUUUCUCCUCCACUGGAAAAAAAAAAACAGCCAACCUCUGUAGCUUCUAAUUUUGCUGCUAAUCCCCUGAGCUAUCAGCAAACAGCUAAGUAGCCGCCUAGGAUAGGUGACAAAAGCGACACUGUUUUAAUUUUGACUGUUUUCACCAUUGAGAGUUGGUGACAUGACAAAACUGCUGUUUCUGUCCAUCUCGUGUUUGCAUGCCAGAGAUGAGUGAUGGGGCAUUUUGGGCUUUUCUUUCAGAGAUCCUUUUCCUAGGCUAUUAGCUUGUCAAGGCAGAGCAAGCUGUUGUCCCCUCUUCCUCCCCUGCCCCCUGUCUGGGAUCAGCUUCUCCUCUUUCCAGUGCAGUCCCUACUGAAAGGGACAUCUCUGCCAGCUGAAAGAUACACCACUAUUCUGUUUUGCCUCCCUCCUUAACAACCCCACCCCUGAGGCAUACCUUCUUGUAGAGAACACAAGUAUUUGGCAAUCUCAGCUCUAGAGCAUUCCCCCUGGUUUAUAUGAGAAAUAACAGAGCAAUUUAAAGAUAUAUUUUUAUGUUAUUUGGAUGAAGCAUAAUAUAUUAAUGGGCUGUACAAAGAAGAUUUAUAUUUUAAAAACCUUCACACAAAUCUAGUAUCAUUUUAAAUGUCAUUGUCUGAAGUAUAAAAAUAAAAUUUUGUUUGUCUUUAAUAUUGCAUUUUUAAGUGGCCCAAUGACAGUUGAGGUGUCUCAUAGAAUCACCAUUACUGAGAGGAAGUAUGUUUUGGAUUGACGGUGGAACUGAGUUCUUUUUUAUAGGAGUCAACCCGGCAUAAAUGCUAAAAUGAUGGUAUUUAUGCCAUCCAUUCAGUGUCUCUUAAAGUCUUAAUUGAUUCUUUUUCUUGAAACAACAUGUAUAUAGCUAGGAAUAUAGAAUAAUAGAUGGUCCCCAGAGUAAAUACAGGGCUAUAAUUUACUCAAAGGGCUCCACAGAAAAAUGCAGCUUGAAGAGGCGUGAAAUAAUCUGGCUAGGAAAAGUUCAUCAGAACAAAGUUGAGAGGAAAAAUUAAGAGGGGAGGGCCUAACCCUAACAAAAACUAAUCAUUGGAGUCUAGGAGUGUGCUUACCUAUGUAUUUAUUCUAUGGUAGUCUAUUGUUAUAACAUAGAGUUCUGAACAUUUAGUUUUUAAAGUUUUAUAAAACGCUUUAAGUUAAAAUGUUAAGAGUUGACCAGUUAAUGAUUUAGCUUUCUUUGUAGAGGGUGUUGAUGAAAGGGUGUUACCAUUCUCACAGACAUCAGUAAACACACACACAGUUUAGGACUGCUGUUUGUGGGAAGAUCUCAUCUCUUGUAGACAGUGCAAGGCAAGGCUCUUGAGAGAGGAUAGGGCAGGCCGACUGAGUGCUCUUCAGGCAGCAGCCUCCUCUAUCAGAUUCUCCAGUAUCCAGCAGGUUACCCCUCUGAAGGAACUUAAGCCUCUUUCAGAUCUACCCAAUCCAUAUUUACAGCUGUUAAACCUAAGGACCAAAGGUACUUUAAGAUUUUUUCAAAUUAUUGUUAAUCUGGUAGCAUGGGUGAGUAAAAAGGAGUCACCAUCAUUUUCCUUGGGGACUCUUUUGUCACAAAAGUGGGGUGCAGGAGCUGGGUUAGUUGCUUCAGCAGAAGGACUGGCAGGGUUGGCUGUGUUUUACCAAGCAACUCAGAUCCUUGAUUUAUCCCAGUCCCUGUUGAUGGAAGGACAAACCAAGGCCAUCUGUUGAGUAAGGCUUGGUGUUCUUGAUAACUGCUGUGUUCUUGAUUCAGUAGGCAUUUACUUGCACGGAUGUGUGUUUUGGCUUCCUCGCUCUGUGGGAAUGAACGCUUCACAGAUAGCUCUGCAAACUCAGGAGGCUGAAGUUUCAGCUAAGCCUUAAGGCUGUAGGCUUGAAGGAAAGUAAAGCCUUCUCUGAAAUUGGCAGCUGUAGCUGUGUUGGUGAAGAUGCAGGAUUGGUGGGUACUGUUGUGUGAUCUCGCUGUCAAAGGUGCAGGGAGGGAGGAGAGAACACAUCCCAACUGUAGCUGGCUCAGACUUUUGGCGGGAAAGCUGCCUCUGCCUCUCAGAGCAGUGAAGACGUGAACGAGGGAUGUGUUCUAUACCACAUUUAUAGCUGUAAUUACAGCCCCUUGGGAUCUGUACCAGAAUUACCUGUAGCCUCACUUAACAGAGAAUGGCUGCAGCAGUGACAGCUGUGUUGUUAACUGUCCAAUGCCUUGCUUGAGGGGACACCCACAGGCUCGGGCCUCUUCACCCACUAUGGUAGCGUAGCACUUGAGCCAGCUAGAUGUGGGGGCUGACUUGUCAUUUCCUCAUAGCUAAGGCCCUUUCUCUCCAGAGGAAGGUGUACAAGACUUAGAUAACCAGAUUUCUAGUGUCUCCUCUGCCAGAGUCUGAGGAAAUGUGUAACCAGAUUUCUAGUGUCUCUGCCAAAGUCUGAGGAAAUGAAGGGGGGAGUUAAUGCAAGACCACAGAAUCAGGUGUUUUGCUGGAGGGCUUCUCCGCUGAUAACCAAGCGGCUCAGCUUGAGAAGUUCAUAAACAUUGUGAGAUCAAAAGGGAAAUCAGCCAUAACUUUCACUUUUCUUAGCCAUUUACUCUUAGUAGCGUUUAUAAAUUUUUAAUUUAUGACUGUUUUUAAAAGAAAGGAACGAAUGGUUUAAAUUUUCCCUGUUAAAUGUUGGUGAAAGUAUUACAGCUCUCAUUGACGUCAGUGACAUGAUAUUACCAGUUUGUUCUCUGCCACAUCUUACAGAGGAGUAAACUGGUAAGUAUAUAUUAUAUAUAUUUAUAUAUAAUGUAAAUAGUUUGACUUGUUACACCUAUAAUAUGUUGAAAUUGGUUUUUAAAAGGUGAUGUAAAUAGUGGUUUCCUUAAUGAAAAAUACAUAUUUUGUAUUGUUCUAAUGCAAAGGAAAAAAAACAAAACAAACCCUUUUAAUCUUUUUUUUGGUUGUUGUUAUGUAUAUUCCAUGUAUAACUGUAAAUAUGAUCACAUAAGUUUAAAAACUUUUGCAUGUAUGUAUACAGUUGCAAGUCUGGAAGAAUGUAUAGAAAAAUACUUUUAUUUAAAGUUGUGAUUACCUGCUGCAUGAAAAGUGCAUGGGGGACCCUGUGCAUCUGUGCAUUGGCGAAACAAAACGAGUCUUAAAAGUCAGGUCAGUUCAAAACACACAACAGUAUUCCACUUCUGGACAUGACUUCUGCUGUGGUAUUUUAGCUUUGUGAAAGAAUGUGCUUCAAAUCAAAAGGGUCUGGGGGGAAAAUAAAAGAGCAAAACUACUUCUAAACCAUGAAGUACUCAUACAACUAUAAUCAGUCAUAGAAGUUCAGGACUCCAUUUUUGCAUAACUGAAAUAUUGUACCAGGACUAUUCCAUCCCUGUGAAACUUAAGGAAUAUUGAUUUUUUUUUUUUUUUUUUUCAUUGCCGUACAUAAGAAUUUGGGAUUUUACCACAACCGAUUUUAUUGUGAUGUGUCUUCAGUAAUUUAUCUAACUGGUCUCAUUUUUUUAUUAGAAAUUAAUUUCCUCAUGUGAUGUCACAAAACUGUACAUACUGCAGUGUGAAGUUUUUUUAAAUCUUUCAGUGUUUACUUCCUGCAGAAGAUUUGAAUAAAUGACAAAAAUACAUUGUCUUGAUGGGUUUUAAA